AUGAAAUGGAACUUUUCUUUUACAAUAGAUAAUGUUGCUGGGAAAUUGAUUUUCUACCAGACGGAUGGAAACACCACUUUUGUGAGAGACACGGGGGAACUGGCUUCAGACGUUGCCACUGAGACAAUGUUUGAACUCUUCGAUCCCCAAAAGAGCUUUAGCAAGGCGAUGUUCACUUAUACAUGGGAUUUAGGAAACGGCGAGGUCAUCCAAGGGACUGAACCACUUGUGCGGUAUAAUUACUCAGAAUCAGGCAACUAUACCCUGCGUCUGAAAAUAGGAGUCAACAUGACUAAAUACACACCUCCAAUAACUGGGGUCUACUCCACGGAUGUUCAAGUGCUGGUCGAUGGAAGUCCUCCCAUGUGGGUGUGUUGGCAUUUCCUGCCCAAAUGUAAGCCAGACAUCGUGAGGUUGUGCACUCUGACCAUGUUACAUGGAAAUACCCUGCGGCUGAACCACACCUUCACUUCUAUCGGAGUCCACUGUCUGGACAUCAGUGUCCACAACGACAUCAGCAAGCUGCAGACCUCUUUCAGCCUCUACGUCAGGAGAAACAAUUACAACCACGUGAUCUUCAUCCUGUCAUGUGUGGCCAUUCUUGCAGCGACCUUCUGCUUCAUCGCGGUCAUUGCAUGUCGUCCUCGUCAUCACAGCAAACAACGGAUUCUUGCUUCCAGUAAUGCAGUAUUCCUGAAAAAUCAAGAGGUUGAUGGUCAAAGCAUAAUUCUUUUUAACUUGGAGAGAGGAGAGAAGAGACCGCUCCUCACACCGGGUGGACCUCAGUACUUGUCUUAA